AUGUGCAGGGCGCCCUUACCCUACCCUCAGGGUAUGUCUUAUUCAACAAUGCCAACAGCAACCUCAACCUCAACCUCAACAACAUGCGCUCAAGCAGAUUGUCAUUCUGCGAAAGCUCAUACAAGCGUUGCCGAUAAUGUACAUGUAAAAUCGGUUGUUUCUCAUGAAACGCAAUCGAAAGUCUGUAUGGAAAAUGCAGCAAAAAUUACCCAAUUAAUGACUAAAUUAGGUUCAACACAUUCACAAGUUGAUGAUUAUUCACGUAAACGUACAGAAGAAAUAAGUGAAACAACACGAUUAGCCAUACAAAAGAUUGUUGCUGAAACACAAAUUCAACAAGAACAACUGUUAAACGAUGCUCACCAUCGUAGUGAGGAAAUUGAACAUGAUUAUAAAUUAAAAUUAGAACAAUAUUUGAAAGAAUUAGAUAAUACAAAAGCUAAAACAUUAGCUGUUUUAGAAAAAGACUUAAGUCUUCGUCAAGAAACAAUAUUAGAAUUGGCAAGAAAACGUAUUGAUGAUGUCAAUGAAGAAGCAAAUCGAUUGAAAAUGCAUGUAUUAAAAGAAUCUCAACUAGCUUCAACUGCUAAAAUUGAAAAAAUAACGGGCGAAGUUGCUGCGUUGAGUGAACAAGAUGCUGCACGUCGUUUACAAUCGACCACUACAACCGUUAUUACAACACACGCUAAAUCAGAAGACUUACCACUAUUUGGAAAACAUACCAAACAAGGUUUUUUCUGUAAGGAGGGAAAAAAUACGCUUCCAGAAUUGACUGCUGCCGAUGGUAAUAUGAUUUUACCGCUGGGCUAA